CCUCAUUCCAUCGCCUUCAGCUUCUCCAGCCCAGACAUUCAUUCAUUCAUCCCUCCUCGACCCUGGAAUCCCAGCCACACAAAUCCCCAGCCAUGAUGCGCACCAAAAGAACCAACACCCAACCAUUGGAGGACGCCUUCAUCUCCCCCGCCACCUUCACCGACGGCCUGCCCCUCCCGAAACUCAUCGCCUUUGAUCUCGACUACACGCUAUGGCCAUUCUGGGUCGACACGCACAGUAAGAAUAUCCCACUGGCCCUGGCCUCCCGCACGCACACCCCCGAUCUCGCCCGCGAUAUGCUCAAAGCCCUACACAUCAUCCCCACGUUCUCCGACAACCCGGCCGCGAAGACCAAGUCGGUGCGCGCAUUGGAUUACUUCGACUACGUGCAGAUCUUCCCGGCGAACAAGACACAGCAUUUCUCGCGCAUUCAGCAGGCGAGUGGGGUGUCGUAUGAGGAGAUGUUGUUCUUCGACGAUGAGGCGAGGAAUCGGAAUGUCGAGACGGAGUUGGGGGUGACAUUCUGUUUGGUGAAGGAUGGGAUGACAAGGGAGGAGGUGGAUCGGGGGGUGCGGGCGUGGAGGAAGAGAAAUGGGAUUAAGUCGAAGAAGGAGGGGGGGGAAGAGGAGGAGUGAUUUUAUUCCAGUUGGAUUGAUUGUAGAUAUGGGAUUUGAUGUUGGCGUUUGGUUAUCUGAUAGAGGUUUAGAUCAUGAGAUACCCGGAUGGGAUGAUAAAUAUUGAAUAUAUA